AUGGUGGCGCAAACAUCCAAGCCAUCGAGCCGCAGCUCUUCCGUGACGGCGCCAGUUGAACGCUCAUCCUCACCGAGCAUGCAUCAUGCACUUGCGACUUCUUCGUCUCUGAAGUCGAUGCUCAAGAAGCCCUUCCAGGGCUGGUCCAAGGAUCUCCUUCGCGCGAGGGACGACGACGACGAUGACUACAACUUUUCGAGUGCUCAAUACUACCAGAACGACGCCUGA